GCUGCCAGAGAAAAAUCGAAGAAUCGAACGCAAGAUAUGGCUACCAGUUGUGUUGACUGACCGUGGAAUAAAAUCCUUAUUUAGUCGUUUAAAUGUAACCCAAUGAGGACGGGUUCCUCCCAGUCGGUAGUGCAAAGUGUUCUAAGAAGAAAAAUGUAUCCAUUUACGAAUACUCUGGGCAAAUAGUGAUCAAAAGUGUUCCUCAUCGAAGCGAGCAAUUUUCUGUUCCCUUCGACAAAGAGAGCAGUACCGAAGUGGGAAAAAUCGAUAGAUUAUUUUCGCAGGUCUGCGAAAAAAGUUUUUGCAGCAGCAAUUGCGACUGUUUUUCUAAAACUAUGGAAGUAGUUGCUUUAAAGCUGGAAAACCCGGAAGUCCUUCGGGGUGCCAACAAUAAUAAUAGUAUCUGCUGUGACAAACUCGAUGACAACAAGCUUUUGGAUGAUUCAACGGUUGCUUCUGGACCAGCAGCGAUGACGAGUAGCGUAGCAAGCUUGUUAGAUGAUACGACCCCCAGCGACUCCGGUGUUCAGCUACUGGACUCCGAGUCUAGUGGUCUGAACGAAUCGAUGAUUUCCAGUGCCGGUGGUUUCGAGUUUGAAGUAACCAACUUGCAGAACAAUAAUAACAAUGCUGGUAAGCCAAGGAUACUGGAUAGUCCGGUAAAGGAAGAAAUGGGUAAGUUUGUUGAGAUCGAUUACCAAAAACCGGAAACAGGUGCUGCGGGUGGUGCUGAUGAGGAGGUGGAACAAGCUAUGACUAGCAGCCAACUACCGGAGGAAAUGAUCUCCAGUACGUGUUCCACGUUCGAUACCGAAAACAUUGUUUAUAGAAGAAGAGUCAAGAAAUCUGGUCAGAUACAAAGCAAAACACCGAAGAAGAGAGUUUCCUUCCACGAGGAUAUUCUGAAGAAUACAAAAACUGAUAACAUCCAUAUUGAGCACGGUUUUAUCACCUACAAAUCUGGAAAACAAAACAAACAACCGGUGGGAACGAAAGGGCGUUACUCCUGGUGCUCGGAACAUAACGACGAUGGAUUUGACUAUGGGGACGAAGAUGCCGAUCAGAAUCGGCAGUAUGUGUACAGGAAUGCUUGCUCGGAUGUGUUAGACUAUGGAAAGACAGACGUCUUCGAAAACAUCGAGGAUGAAAAGAACUACGUCAAGUAUGACAACUCGGGUGUUUUCGAGUAUGGUCCACCGGAAAAACGUGCCGCGGCGAAGCAAAGAAUCAAAGACGGUAAAGAGUUCUACGAGUGCUGCCAUUCGGAUUCCAACUCGAGCCUGGACUCGGGUAGCAGUAACGAAGCGACGAAUUACAAGCAGAGCAAAUCCAACAGCUGCGAAUGCAUCGGUCAAAAUAAUAACAACAAUAAUAUCAUACUGGAUAGUUGCUACUACAGCGAGCCAAACAUUGAACAUUUGGACGAAUUUAACGGCAACAGUAUGGGCGCAAGCGAACGUGUUACGAAAUCGGUUUGGAGCAAGGAGAAGAAGCCGAAGAGCAGCUGUUUGAAGAAAACCAAACGAAAUAUGAUGUACACUAACAUUGUCGUCCCGGAAUAUGAUCUGACUAAGAAGGUUAAAAAAUUCAAUGUCCAUCACCUAUCGGUGAUAGAUAACAGUAAGAUGAUUUUCGGUUCACUAAAGGACAUUUUCGGAAUUGCUCUACCGGAACGUGGAGUUCCGGAAGGUUCGGAAGAUAUUUCCACGGUGCGAGAGUGUAUACCGGAGGCAAACGAUCCAAUGAUCGAUGACUUCACCGUAGUUCAAAAACCGAAAAAUUUUCUCUCGAAAAGCCUGGAUGGUGGUUUCAACAGUAACAAACCGAACGGACCGAAAAAGUACGUUCACAAUGUGGACGAACAGUUGCGGCGUAAGAACGACGAAGAUUUGUUCGCUCCCAGUCGCAAGAACAGCGUGGAAGAGGAGGAUAAAAAUCAACAAGAGCAGCAGCAGCCACAAUCGGAGCAGCUAUUUGAACAGCAGCAACCGACAGCUCCGUACCGCAACAAAUUCAUAAUCAAUGGCGAAAGUACGGUAUUCGAACACACCGGAGUUUCCUAUUGCUACGAAGAUGGGGACAACAAUUCCGUCACAGACGAAUCUCUCAGUCAGAAGGAACUCCCGGUUGGUGAAACUACCAGUGGCUCGUUUAUCGGUAAAACGCAGAUCAAAAAGAAAUUGUCUAAUAUUUUCCAAAAGAUGACGGUAAUAAGUUCGGGUGCAACCUCACCAACAACAGCCAGUACAGGCACACGCAGUGGUGGUGAUGGAACGGAAGUAAUACCACAAAUACAGCCUACAGUAACCAGUUCGAUAAAACCUCGUAAGCAAUCGGCGGAUGAACUCGACAGUGGAUUAGGGGAUUGGACGGAAAAAAGUUCGGAUAAGAGCCAGGGCCGAUUGGAAAGCAGCACAAUUUCGUCCUGUGACAGCGACCGUAGCUCUUCUAUUCAGUCCGAAAGCGGUAAGGAGCAAAAGAAAGCAUCGUCACGCGAGCAACAACUUCACAGCAAUCUCAGCUCACCUCGUGGUUCAAUUGGCAGCAAAAAUCGUCACCUCCCAUCACCGCUGCGUAAAAAGUCCUUAACAACACGCGUAGAUUCGUCCCGUGCUCGCAUGAGCCCCGAUCUGUUUAAUCUUGGUGGUCUGCCGCCGCUUCCACCAGGUCGAACUCUCAACGUAGAACGACAGCUCAUUUCGGACGAGUUUGAUGAUAUCCUCACGGUUACCACGAGCGCGACCAAUGAAACCGACAAGGAUAGCAGCGAUAUAGUCAUACUGGACUAUCCGUCGACGGCUAGCAGUACACCAACCCCACAGCCUGAUGUUGUCGAGAUGCUCGCGUCGGAACGUUCCAGUUUGUUUGCUCCACUCGGUGGCGGCCGACGGCAUCACAACCCAAUGACAGCUUCAGCGAGUUCGACUUCCACCUCGAAAAGCUCGCUCAUCAAUCGCUUUCUACGGAACGUAACGCAGAAGAAAAUUUUGGAAGUGACCAUCAAACAGAACAGUUUCUUUCAGUCGAAGCUGAACACUGAGCGGAAACUGUUUGAUAAUUUGGUUCCCAAAACGAAAGUUAGGUCGCUCAAUCGUGAACUGAUUGAAGAUCUAAACGCUGAGAUUGCGAUGGAAAUUGAGCUGAGUUCGUCGGCUUGUCAGUUGGACCGCAUACAGCUGAACGAUUUGCACGUUGAACAGGCCGGCUAUGGACUGGCGCUUGGUGAUAUUAAGUUCGAUGGUGGUGGCGUCGGUGUGGGAGAGAUUCCGGUGGAAAUUUUCAACGGAAAUCGGUUGCACAUUUUCCGUAAUGAGAAUGAGGUGUUGAUGAAGGUUUUCAAGCUGUAUAAUGGCUACAGUCGAGAGGGUUACAUGACUCCGGUGCUUGUGUUUCUGACCGAUAAAACACUGUAUGUAACGGAUCAGGUUCGGAAUCGGCUGUGCAAUAAGUUUGUGCUUCCUUACUCGGAGCUGGAUGUGAUACUGGUUGGUCCCUACGGGAAUACGGUUCUGCUGAGUAACUCGGCUCGUGAUAUGCAGCAAGUUUUGCUCGCUGGAGGGCCUUAUCCGGCGGAUGGUUUGGUUGCAAGCUUGGAACUUUGCGCCAGAAGAGGUGGAUCGAUUUUGCCAGCGGUCGGACAGCUGACUCUGGAUCAUUUGGCUCCGCUGCAAGCCUUCGUGAGGGAUAAUUCGAAUGUUAGUCGGGAAGAUUCUUGGAAAUACUACGCAGUGGUGAAUGUUCCCGCGGGAACACUGGGUGGUGAAGAAGAACCGCUCGGACCGCACAUCAAGGGUCCGCUGAUGCAUCGCCGGAUGUCGCACGCAGGGUUUGUCGAUAACUGGGCUGCUGGUUAUUUUUUGCUAAAAGCUGGCGUGCUGUACCUAUUCGCGGAUGCAAGUCAAAAACUUCCUACGUGGGCCGUCGCUUUGGCCGAGUGCCAAGGAGCAAGACGUUCGCUGCAUUCCGGAAGACCGUACUGUUUUGAGCUGUUGCUCCGAACAGGCGCGCUCCAGUUGGCUGCUCCGGAUGAGUACGUGGCUUCUGAUUGGUUACAGGCUUUAGUGCAGGCUGCCAGUGGUCUUUUUGAACUCCAAGAGCGACGUCAAACGCUUGGAUGUACGCUGAUAAUGACCUCGAACCACCUGCUAACUUUGCGCGAAGAUUUCAGUGCUCCCCUGAGAAAGAAUACGGCUUCAACCAGCGCAAACUCUAGUGCUAUGAUGUCUCCAGCGAAAGAAAAUAUAAAUCCAAACAUUCAGCAGCUGCUUCCGGCGGCAGAAAACCAAAGAAAGCAUUCAACUACUUUAGAUACAUCUAGUGAGAUAAGCUCAAUCCAUUCGACCGGAAGUACUCCAACGCGGUUCAACGGUGCGAUGUACGAUCGUCGAUCCAAUUCGACAACCAGUACACCAACCAAGAGCAGCCUUCAGUUGGCUAGUAAGAAUUUAGCCGUAAAUUCGCCUACUCAAAGCUACCGUCGUCCGUCCUCGGUGGAAGGACUAAUUUCGGGCACAAACGAGGAGAAAAGCCACACCAAUAUGAGCAGUUUCUAUGGGAAAAACUCUGGCGUAGAAGUGCUAACCUGCGCCAGCAUCAACGAAAUGACGGCUGUCAAGAUUCCGGCAAUAUCAUCCAACUGGUGGUGCAUCUUGGAGUUUGAAUGUCAGGAAGUUCGGGAGAACUCAGAUGAUCUAGUUGUAUUCUUUUCAACGAGCUCCGAACAGGAACGAUUCCUCUCGAUGCUGGAGUCCAUUUGGCAUUCCAAAAAGGACGAAUCAUUCCCGGCAUCUAUCGUCACCAGUGAAGACGAGGUGUACCAGCACUGCUCAAAACUGUUUCUCGACAUCAAUCGAUCCUGGGAGCCGCUGUUAUCCGCUGCGUUGGGCUUUCCUCAAUAAGUGUCUCACUCGUACUCAAUGGACGCACUGGUAAGUAAAACUGUGUACGUACGGCUGAACACAUCGUACGUAGGCAAUCCCUCCUUUCUGCACCCAAUGAACUCCAACAGCCGACCUGGCGAACAUUAUAGUGUUAAGUGUUUAUAGCGGCUUAAACCUAUUGGAAGUGCUUUGAUAGAAUUUUCUUUUGGGCUGGAUCCAAAAAAAGACGAACGCUUAGAAGGGUACAUUUUUGGUAAGAGGUUAUUUUUUAUAUAGUUUCUCAAUUGGGUCUACUAAAAAAAAACACACACAAUUCCAAUUCGGUGCUUAAAUUGUUAUGAUCCCUACCUGUUAUUAUUUUUCUCACAGUACGUUUUUGAAGCACUAAUUCAAAUUGUCGUAUAUUAAGACAAUAUGUAUUGAACGUUUUACAUUACGAAGUAAUCAAAAUAAAACAAAAUUGUAACAAAAAUUGAAAUAGUAUUACAUCGGGUAUGUCUUUUCUAAGUAAACCAAAUAACCUGUACUCAAUGUGAAUGUUAUACAAAAACUCAUCUAGCUUUAUACAUAUAUUCAAUGUGCUGUUCAAUCAAACAUUAGCUUUUGAGAGGAAAUAUUAAAAAAAUAUUUAGUUUGUUAAGCUCUCCAUCGCCCAUCGAAUCGAAUUAGAAAUCUUUUCAUUCACAAUUUCAUUUUGAGCUAAAUUUCCUAUCGUACGAUAUACUCAAUUUGGCAUCAUUUAUUAUGUUUUUAGGUGAAUUUAUUUAUUUAUUUCAACAUGUCCAACGUGACAACAUUUUGUUACACCCAACGAUUUUUUGCUUCUAUUUUUUCUAUCUAUGUUAUACAUGGCAAAACAUUACUCCGCUUUUUGCGUGCCAUUAUCUAUUACUAGAGACAACGCUAUACGUGAAAUAAGAAAGCUUAGCUAAACUACAAAUCCAAAAUAGGUGUUUCAAACCAGAAUCAGGAAAACUACAAAAAUAUCACGCUUAUCAGCAGAAGUAAAACCCAGCGUAGAGCAUCAAUCUCUCAACCCGUAUACUCCGAACAAGCUAUUUAAAGUCAAAGAAAUAUUUACUCAACUUGAAUGUGCUUGUAGUAGCUUUUAAAUAUCGCAAUUGUGACUAAAAUAUUGAACUCAUUCAUCACAAAAGAAAAAGAUUCCAGCCCGCUGGAUAUCUUCUAUAAAUACACUAAAUGCUUCAGCACUAAUUAACAACAAUAAUGAUAAGAAAAAAAAAACAAACACAAAACAGGCGCAAAUCUUUCUGCUUUUUGCAGUUAGCAUUCUCUAGAAACUUUCUCUUUCCAUCCUAGAAUUUCGGUACUAAGCGACAUAUAAUUAACCCUGCCUUGCUAAUAUCCACCUAAAGGAGGCAAAAUUGCAAAAUAGAGAAUUGAUUCUUCUCGAAAACGAAUGAAAUCUAGUCAUCUCAUAUAUUUACUAACAGAAAAAUUCCGUAAAAAGCUUAAAAAGUUAAGUUUACCGCGAAGCAAAAUGCCUUUUUCUAGCCCCUCUCUUCCGUUGAAUCUUGGUGUCCGCGGUACCCCGAUAUGCAAUGUGCAACUAUUCUAGUUAGAUUUUAAGGAAUAGGAUCAAAAGACCUCCCAAAAGGGGUGGCGGCGAUCACGGCUGAAGUGACUGUAAUCCUUUCGCAUGAAACGACUGACUUUUGGAUGGAACCACAUAACAUAAUUCGCGAAGGCGAUAACAUUAGCUGUCAGUUACAAACAAAAGUGUUUAUACUCUCUCGUUAUAUACAAAAAAAAACUCACAACUUUGUAAUUCAGAAAAUAAACAGAGCAGAAGAAAAAUAUCAACAGCUAAAUAUGCAAUUGCGCUAAUCGCAAACCCAAUAUUAGAAGACAGCCGAUUACAAUAAUUGUUACAUACAAUCCAGUCCCCAACCAAUAUGCAGCCAUACAGAAAGUAUCUGACGGUUACCAACUUCGGCCGGUAUUAUAUCACCAAAGUCCCGACCGGCGGUUAAAUAAAGAAACCAAAAUUGUAUAAUCUCAUAA